UAACGUAGAAAAUCAGAAUGCACAUAAAAGUAAGCAACAAUGGAAGUGGAGUGAACAGUAGAGGAGGAGGAGGAGAAAGAAGCUUAGUAACAGCAGACAUUCUUCACCGAUAGCAAUUUCAUGGCCAAGCGAGCAAUCUUUUUUCUAAGAUUCUCUCUCCGAACAAUGUAAUUUUGAGUGAUUUUGCCAUCUAUCUUCUUGGAAUCCGUCGUUUUUCAAUCGAUUGAGGUUCUUGUCUUUGAUCGGCAUUUCUUCUUCUUAUUCUCUUUCUCCUCCUAAAAAUUGUUAGUUUUGAUAUUAUUGGAAAUGGGAGAAGAAGCAUGCGGGGAUUGUAGAAGCUGGGAAGAGGAAAUGUAUUGGACCCAUUUCCAGUGCCUCCAUUUCUCGCAGUUUCUCCAUGCUGGUUUUGAUCGGAAGCUUGCAAUCCCAGAACAAUUUACGAAAAAUUUGAGAAAGAAAUUACCUAAAACAAUAACCCUUAAAGGUCCUAGUGGCAAUACAUGGCAAGUUGGACUCAUGACAUUUCAUGAUAUUGUGUAUUUCAUUUAUGGAUGGCAAGAAUUUGUCAAUGACCAUUUUCUGCAAGAGAAAGAUCUGUUGAUCUUUAAGUAUAAUGGGGAUUCAUGCUUUGAUGUUCUAAUAUUUGAUGGCCAGAGCUUGUGUGAGAAGGCAGCUUCAUAUUUUGUCAGAAAAUGUGGGCACAGAACACCUGAUAGUAGUUGCCAAACAAAAAGAAAAAUUGGGGAAAGUUCUGCUGAAGGUACUCUUCCUUAUCCUGAGGAUAUUGCUGGGGGCUCACCACCUGAGAAAUCUGCAAAUAAUGACUUUGACACUACACCAUCAGGACAACCUGUCACUUUCCGAGCCACUGCCAAAAAGACUCGGAGGGAAAUUGAGUUCAAUCCUGUUCAUGAAGAGCCUUCUACUUCUGAGGAAAUAGAUGUCAAACCUGACAUUGAACAUGUCAGUCCAAGUGUGGUGCAUGAUGUUCCCUAUAUAUCAAGUAGAAGGCUAGUAACAGAUGAAGAGAAACAGAACGCAUUGCAACUGGCACAAGCAGCAAUAACAAGGGAGGGUUUCAUGGUAGUUAUGAAACCCACACACGUGCACAGGAGAUUUUACAUGUCAAUACCUUCCGCGUGGAUGUCUAAACAUCUCAGCACUCUGGAAAAACAAGAUGUGAUUCUAAGGGUAAAAGAGAAUACAUGGAACACCAAAUUUUAUUAUCAGAGAUCUAAAAACAGCGGUGGCCUUUCUUCUGGAUGGAAGAAUUUUGCCAUAGCUAAUGACUUGAAUGAAUUUGAUGUGCUUGUUUUUGAACCUGCGAGCCCAGUGAAUGAUGCUAUUGUCUUGGACGUUAACAUCUUUCGUGUUCUCCAUGAAGAUUACUGAUAUUUUGCAUUCCAAGAUUGUCAAGGUCUACAUGGAGGAUAUUUUGUGACACGGAGCAGUGAGCUUGGAAUGUUUCCAAGUAGCUGAGAUCAUCCAUGUGUGGGUUGUAGAGAUGGAAGGAUUAUGUCCAGAUUAAUCUUUCGUGUUACUUAUAAAAUUAAUUUAUAAUCGUUGUGUGUGGAGAUGGAAGAUUAUGUCUUGUUUAAUGUGUAAUGUCAGUUUAUAAGCAUCUUUAUUUGAUUCCUGACUCCGAAGCAAGAAAGGUGAAAGAAAAUUGCUUUUGAUAAUUGUUCAACAAUUGUUGAUUCUAUCUCUAUUAGCAGUUGAAAUUACCAGAAAGAAUAUUAAUA